CGAUGACAAGAACAACAACAAAUUCUCGACAACUGUCAAAUGUCGUGCGAUCCUAAGUUUAAAGUUUAAUUGCGUGUUUUUUGUAAUAAAAUAACAAAGUGUUCAUUGUUUUUACGUAAAAUCCACAAAUGCGAACAAACAUCACGACAACCUAAUUCACGAAACUCGUUAAUCAUGGUAAAAUUAUAUUGUUUAAGCGUGUUGCACAAAGGUCCCACAACAGCUACAUGGUUGAAAUCGGCCUUUGAGCUGCAAAGCUUCAGCUUCUUUCAGCGCGGCUCCGUGCAGGAGUUCAUGUCGUUUUUCUGCAAAACCAUAGUGGAACGAACCAUUCCAGCUUCCAGGCAAUCUGUCAACGAAGGAGAGUAUUUGUGUCACGUGUACGUGAGAGGCGAUAAUCUAGCUGGCGUUGUGAUAACCGAUCAUGAGUAUCCAUCGAGAGUGUCACACACUUUAAUUACAAAGAUUUUAGACGAGUUUUCUGUUAAAUUUCCUGUGGAGAGUUGGCCCCAAUUGCAAGAAAGGGACGUGGCGUUCCCACAGUUAAAUACUUACUUAGCGAAAUACCAAAAUCCCAGUGAGGCAGAUGCAAUGACUAAAAUACAAGAAGAUCUGGAUGAAACAAAGAUUAUUCUACAUAACACCAUAACAGCUGUCCUUCAACGAGGCGAAAAACUGGACGAUUUAGUUUCCAAAUCGGAAGGCCUCAGCAUACAAUCGAAGGCUUUCUAUAAAACGGCCCGAAAAACAAACAGUUGUUGUUCAUUCAGUUAAAACAUUCCAAAAAAAACUUAAUUUAUUUUUUCGUUUUAGCCAAAAGAUAAUAAUAAUGCCCAUUUUAUAUGUGUAAGUUUUUUUUAAUUAUGUAUACAUUCUAUAAAUGUGCUUUAAUGAGAUUAAUUGAAGAUAAACAUACCCCAUUGUAAAUGUCUAAAAAAUUAUACUAUUAUACUAUUUGAUGAUUAAUUGUUACAUGUUUGUUGACAAUAAAUGUUUUAUUUAUUUUUUCAAACAACAUGGGGGACUACUAUAUUAUAUAAAUGUAUCUAUAUGUAUACUAAUGAAUGUAUAUUAAUGUAAUAAAAGUAUUAAAUGUCG